AUGUCCAUCUAUACCACGCACCCUUUGCUACCAGGCAAGACCCAUAUCCGGCUCCUACGUAUAGUACCAGGGUCUUCCAACGACGAAAUACAUUGCACUGUCAAUACUUUUGACAUCAACACGGCUCCCAAUUAUCACGCGCUCUCAUACGAAUGGGGACCAAAAUCUCCUUUGGCGCUUAUCCAUGUGAUGGGCCAGCCAACAACAAUUCGAUCGAAUCUGUUCAACUUUUUAUCCCGUCUCAAAGUGCAUGCCUCGCAUGGCUACCUGUGGUGCGACUCCAUCUGCAUCGACCAGGCCAAUGACUACGAGCGCAGUCACCAAGUUCAGUUGAUGAACCAGAUCUACCGCAAAGCCCAGUCUGUCCUAGUGUGGCUAGGCGAAGCGCGCGACAACAGCGACAUGACCCUUCGCACCAUCCGCAUAUUAAGCACUUGCAACGACAAUGCAUCUAGAGCUGCCUACUCAGCAGAUCGAGCGACAGUGUGGCAAGGCAUCGUUAACCUCUCCAAACGGAGGUACUGGACAAGAAUCUGGAUCGUCCAGGAAAUCACAGUGGCACGAGACGUCGAGAUCUUUUGCGGAAGCGAAGUGGUUCCGUGGUCAACAUUCGCUGCAGCGUGCAAGUCCCCUCCGCACCAUGUCACGGCAUGGACUUCGGACCUGUGGGCUCCGUUGGCUGAAGACAAAGGAGUUGGACAGAAUGGCGAGCAAACAAAGCGACACUGUGCGACAAGCGAACUCUUCCACAGCACUAUGUACGGGCUCAUUCGCUCGCAGAGGCGCUGGCCGACCCAUAGGGAAUCUUUCGCAACCCUCUAUCAGCGUUACAAAGAUUCCGGUUGUGAGGACGGCCGGGAUCGGAUAUUUGCUUUGUUGGGCAUAGCAACUGAGGUCACGUUCGAGCGCGGAUACAAUGCCGAGUACCACAGGACCAAGGAGGAGACAUUCUUUUCCCUUGUUGCCUGGGGAGGAAAGGGGGCAGUCAAACUGAACUCCCGCAUUGAGUUUGCGCGUCUGACCGCCGAGGCCAUGGAAUUGACGUGGCCGCACCAUCAGUUGGAGUCCAGCCUUGAGGUAGAGUCUCAGAGGUCUCCCAGCUUCUUCAAGUGGGUUCACCAACCCUUGGCGAUAUCCUUGCGAUGUUCCCGUCGCGGGAAAUGGCCGUUUCACAGACAACUAGAGACGACUGGGGCGACAAUUUUCACGGCAGACUCAGGGGCCGAGGUUCAUCUUCCACGCGGUGCAAACGAACACGAUGCGUACCUUGACUUGUAUGAGUUUGGGUUUGAAACUUCCAAUGUUUGUCUCGCAUGUCAGGUCACUCGGCAAAAUUCCUGGACAGUUGUGGGUAGAGUGUAUUAUGCCAAACCAGUGAGUGAGGUCCGACAGCGUGUGCCUAGUGUCUUCCAAGGAUUGACCAUAGCUGCCGAUGGAACCGGCGGCUUUGGAGUUCAGCUCGAAAAUGUCGCUCAAUUCAUGGAGCUCUUCCUUGACAAAUGUGACGUUAGGCCAACCCGGGGAGUGGGCCUGAGCUCGCUCUUCACUCGCGCAAGGGGGGCAGGGACACUGAGAAGGGUGAAGGAAAGUAAAAAUAGGAACUUGGAAGAAGUUCUCGAGAAACUCAAAAUCGCUAGUUCGUUGAAUUUGGACACGUGGAAGGGAGGAGGUGGGAGUGUUAACGGGGUGGACGAUGAUUCUGUUGAUGCGGACUUGGAUAAACUCCUGGAUCCGUCGGAAGAGUUGGCGAGCUCUCGAGUACCCUCCACAUCCGUCGAGAAGCCCAGGAAGCGAGACUGGGCGUCUCCUAACUCCCCAUCAUCUGGCAUGUUGCUAGUUAGUGGGCGGAGUUUUACAGGACAGGGCUUGGAAGCACCACGGCGGUACGGCGGCCCCGAUCGACGCAGCUAG